AGUCCCAACCGAGCCACUGAUUGCAGAGCAUUUCAAAUUCGAGUGUUAAAUUUUUAAUUUCCAAGACACCAAAAAAAUGACCAAAAUUUUCGACAACCUCGAUCCGGAUCUAUUCCGGACGUACGCCUUCUGGAGCACCGUGCUGGUCCUUAAAAUGUUUGCCGUCGCCCUGCAGACGUCGCGGAUGCGAUUUAAGAAAAAGGCUUUCAUCAACCCAGAAGACAUCGCCCAGCUGAACGCAAAGUCCAAACACAAGUUGGAGCCCAAGUUUAACGAUCCCGACGUGGAACGUGUUCGCCGAGCCCAUCGCAACGAUUUGGAGAACGUGCUGCCGUUCUUUUUGGUGGCCUUUCUGUACCUGCUAACCGGUCCACACCCGCUGAUUGCGACCAACCUGAUCCGGCUGGCGGCCCUGGCCCGGAUCUGUCACAGCGUCGUGUACGCCUUCUACCCGGUGCCCCAACCGGCCCGGUUCCUCAGCUUUACGGCCUGCCUGCUGGUCACCGGGUACAUGGCCGCCCAAUGCGUUCUGUUUUAUUUUUGAGCGGGAUUUGUUUUUUUUUUAAGGAAAAUGAGUAAAUAAAAAUUAAACGAUAAGUGUUUUUGAUGUCCUCUAACUUGGGCCGGAAACCACACAGCCACCAAAACGGGCAGGGAAUCAUUCGUAACGCGGACCACGUCAGCGUUAAAACCACGCAACAACAUCGUCUCUUAUUGCUCAAUUAUGUAUACGCCGCCACACACAAUCGGGAGCGAGAUAUCACAAAUGCAAGUGUACGUUCUAAAUUAGCCAGUAAUUCCCAGCUAUGAAUCAUUUGCGAUACCGACUAAAAACUGCACACAGCCUCGUGGUUGGAGGUUUGUUUAGUCACUAGUUAAUUUUUACUUGUUUUCACUGUAAAUCAGAAGAACUUCGAAACUCCUUAAAAAUGAUGUAAAAUUCAUAUUUCAGAAAAUCCCUGAAAUUUUGCUUUACUAAAAUUAAAUUUACUAUUAUCGUAAUUUUUUCUUUAUUUUUUUGUCAUUUUUCGUAAAUUUUGAUUUUUUUUUUAAAUUUUAGUCAUUUUGGUCAUUUAGGUCAUUUGAGCCAUUUAGGUAAUUCAGGUCAUUUUGGUAAUUUUGGUUAUUUUGGUAAUUUAGGUCAUUUAGGUCAUUUAGGUCAUUUAGGUCAUUUAGGUAAUUUUGGUAAUUUUGGUCAUUUUGGUAAUUUAGAUAAUUUUGACCAUUUUGGUAAUUUGGCCAUUUUGGUAAUUUUAUUCAUUUUGGUCAUUUUGGUCAUUUUAGUCAUUUUAUUCAUUUAAGUCAUUUUGGUCAUUUUAAUCAUUUUGGUCAUUUUGGUCAUUUUGGUCAUUUUAGUCAUUUUGGUCACCUUGGUCAUUUCGGUCAUCUUGGUCAUUUUAGCCAUUUUGGUCAUUUUGAUCAUCUUGGUCAUUUAGUAAAUUUUUGCCAUUUUGGUCAUUUUAGUCAUUUUAGUCAUUUAGGUCAUUUUGGUCAUAUUAGUCAUUUUGUUCAUUUUGGUCAUUUCGGUCAUUUUGGUCUUUUGGUCAUUUUAAUCAUUUCGGUCAUUUUGGUCAUUUAGGUAAUUUUGACCAUUUUGGUCAUUUUGGUAAUUUUAGUCAUUUUGGUCAUUUUGGCCAUUUUGUUCAUUUUGGUCAUUGUAGUCAUUUUAGUCAUUUUGAUAUUUUUGAUAAUUUUGAUCAUUUUAGUAAUUUUAGUCAUUUUGGUCGUUCAGGUCAAUUUGGUCUUUUGAUAAUUUUGGCCAUCUUGGUAUUUUGGUCAUUUCGGUCAUUUUAGUUAUUUUGGUAAUUUUGGUAAUUUUGUUCAUUUUGAUCAUUUUGGUCAUUUUGGUCAUUUAGGUCAUUUCGGUCAUUUUGGUCAUUUUGAUCAUUUGGUAAUUUUGAACAUUUUGGUCAUUUUAGUCAUUUUGGUAAUUUUGGUCAUUUAGGUCAUUUUGGUCAAUCUGGUCAUUUAGAUAAUUUUGGCCAUUUUGGUAAUUUUAGUCAUUUUGGUCAUUUUAGUCAUUUUUAGUCAUUUUAGUCAUUUUGGUCAUUUUGGUCAUUUUGGUCAAUUUGGUCAUUUUGGUCAUUUUGGUCAUUUUAGUCAUUUUAGUCAUUUUAGUCAUUUUAGUUAUUUUAGUCAUUUUAGUCAUUUUAGUCAUUUUAGUCAUUUUAGUCAUUUUAGU